AUACCAUAAUGUGUUUAUAAAGAAAAAUAUAAGUGUGUUCGUGCAUUGGGUCCCUUGUUGUAGGCCCAUAUAUGAGAAGUUGAUUUAAGUGUUGUCAGUAAACCAAGACAGAUUCAUCAACAAAAUGUUUUUACGCAGAGACUCGGUUAUCAUAGUGCUUAGGAAUCCCAAGUGAGGCGGAGAACUUAUUUUUGAACUUAGCCGCCCUGCGUAUGGUUACUACUAAUUUUCAUUAAUGACUUUAAGACCAUAGAUCUUGUUCUGAAAGUUUCUUGAAAGGGCUGGUUGCCAUCCUUGUAGUUAGUUUGUAUGGCAUCUUCUUGAUUUGUACAUUUUGUUCAAGUAUUGAAUACCAGAGUUUUUUGGGAGAUUAAUAAUGUUGUCAGAAAAUUACAAUAUUCAUCUCUAAAAAGCUCUGUAAAAUCCUCAUACUGAGAUUAAGGUUGUUUGUAUUGUUAUAAUUGAGAAGCUAAGAAUUGGAUUCAAUGGCUUUGACCAACUUUAUCUUCACUGUAGCUGGUGUUAGUGUCGUCGUUCUUCUUCUCAGGUCUGAUGUAAAGCAGUUCGCCUCCAUCUUCAGACGAAAUGUUAAGCACACAAGAAACCGGCUUGAAGAAGAGUCCGCCUCUGCCACCAAGGCUGCAGAGAAAAGGCUUCCUAAGGAACUAGAAUCAAAGGCUUCUAAAGAAGAUAUUCCCAAGGGAGACAAGCAAUUCCGUAUACUUUUUUGACGUUAAUUGUUUAUGUUAGUAGCACAAAU